GGUCGGGAGGAGGUCGCGGGGCUGUGCCGGGCCCGAGCUUUGGAACAGCCCGUAAAGAGGGGAGCCCCGUCCCGCCGCGCCGCCCUACAGGGAAGCCAAAACCAUGGAGGCCCCACCUGUUACCAUGAUGCCUGUCACUGGUGGCACCAUUAACAUGAUGGAGUAUUUACUCCAAGGAAGUGUUUUGGAUCAAAGCCUGGAGAGCCUCCUUCACCGGUUGCGUGGUCUGUGUGACAACAUGGAACCUGAGACAUUCCUGGACCAUGAGAUGGUGUUCCUCCUGAAAGGGCAGCAAGCCAGUCCCUUUGUCCUGAGGGCACGGCGCUCCAUGGACAAAACUGGCACACCCUGGCACUUGCGCUAUUUGGGACAGCCAGAAAUGGGAGACAAAAACCGCCAUGCUCUGGUGCGCAACUGUGUUGACAUCGCUACUUCAGAGAACCUUACUGACUUUCUGAUGGAGAUGGGCUUCCGGAUGGACCACGAGUUUGUCGCCAAGGGCCAUGUGUUCCGCAAGGGUAUCAUGAAGAUUGUAGUGUACAAGAUCUUCCGCAUCCUGGUUCCAGGAAACACUGAUAGCAUUGAGCCCUUGUCUCUCUCCUACCUCGUGGAGCUGAGUGUUGUAGCUCCGGCAGGACAAGAUGUAGUUUCUGAUGACAUGCGAAACUUUGCUGAGCAGCUAAAGCCCUUAGUUCACCUGGAGAAAAUUGACCCCAAAAGGCUCAUGUGAGUGAAAAGGACCCAGCAAGUAUGUCUAGUUCCUCUCUCUCUCUCUCAGUGGUCCUGGUGACCAGCAUGUAGACACACUUCUUCCAAAAUGACUCUUGCAAGAACUGAGGAGAUUAAAGUUUUUUUUUUUUUUUUUUUUUUUUUGGGGGGGG